CGUAUGUUGUGAGUUACCUCUCUUUGUAACGCGUCAUCAUAUUUUGUGCACAUUAGAGCACAGUUGCCUUUGACAACGAUAAAGCUUCCCGAGAAGUGCAGUAAAGCCAAGAUGGGGCCACUUCCACAGGGCAGUAGAAAUGUUCACAUCAUGGCCAGUCAGGGGCCGGAUAUCAACAUGAUGAAGUUUUACAACACCACUAAUUCCACUACAUAUGGUCGUUAUUACGACAAGUUCAAGCCUCGACCAGGCCGACACACAGGUACUGGAUACUUGUCCAACUUCCGCCCUGCUGUGUAUUACAGCCAGCGCCUAGAUGAGGUGGAUAACCCCGUCCUAAGCAAAAUUUGUGCAAAGAAUUACCACAGUGUAACGGAGUUACACUACCAGCCUUAUAAAGAGAACUCCGGCACUGAGCCCCUUCCUGGAAAUGUUCAUCAAAAGGGGUCAGGAUUUGUGAGGCAGAAACCCAUCACCAACCCAACCAUAAGAGAGGUGAACGGAGUGUUUAUUGAUACCCGGGCUGCCACUGCCCCGUCCGACAUCCUCCCCAAGAGUAAGCCCCGCCUUCACACCCUCAGGGCAAAGGACCCAGUGGAACUAGAAAAUGGGGGAUAUGGUCCAAAGUACAUGCUGUCAGAGACGAAGCAUCAGUUUGUGGGAGAGCAGCCUGAUCGAAUGGACCUGACCAACAAAACUGUCGGUCCCCAUGAGGAGAGUGGCUUCACCCACGCCUACAAUGUAGAACCCAUCACUUACAUCCCAGGGUCACCCCACAAAAACGAACGUCCGGGCUGGGCUACAGGGCGACCCACAGGGAUUAGCAUAAUGAAGACAGACUUCUUGAGAUCAGAAUAUUCCAAGGGUAAUGAGCCCUUCCCAGUCCUAUCUCAUGGGUCAGAGCGUGGUACAGGAUUCACACACGAAAAAGCCAAGCCCCUGUAUGUCAACAGAGUCAUGGGAGAUGCCUAUGAUAAGGCAGAGAACAUUCCAUCCCUGAGACUAGAGAGGACAAAGAAGGUUGAUCCUACAGAGUACCUCAACAUGCAGAACCCCAACAACCACUCUAGCAUUACCAUGAAGAUGUACCAGGGCCAGCAGCGGCCAACGCCCACUGAGGCUGACCGCCUGAACACCACUGCUGUGGGGAGUCAAGAGCUGUCAGGGUACAGCGAGAACAACGACCGCUUUGUGGCCCAGCCUGAUGAUUACAAGAGGUUCACAACCCACUACCUGACGAGGUUUGGACAGGACCCAACCCCUGUGGGUAGGGACCGUGAGGGACACACACGAGGAGCCGUACAGACCCAGAAGCCUGAUGGAUUCACCAAGAGCACCGCGGUGCACUCGCACGGGCCUGACGUCCAGUCUACCGCCACUCUGAGGAGGCUGGAGCCAUAUGUUUCCAGGAGUAUCAAAGCAAGAGACGUAUUCUUUGAUGAUCACACACAUGAUAUGAAGUCUCACUCCUUAGUCGUGUCAUAAUCAACACAAAGAGGAAUAGAAAGUUAAUCAAUGAUAGAAGUAUACCAUUAAACUGAUGGUCAACAAGUGUGAACUCACUGCAAUAUGUAUUAUAAAUCAAACAUUGAACAACUGGAUCUAAACUGACAAAAUAUUUAGCUUACUUUGAAGGUUGUAUAACCUUUUAACUCUUAUGUAUCAGAAUUUUAAAAAAAAAAUUAUGAGUUAUGAGAAGUUGUUUGUUUAUUUGCUAGCUUGUUGAAGGACUUUUGAGUUUUAAGUAAGCAAUACAAGUGCUAAUUUCUCUGUGAUUUUUUUCCAACCAGUAUUAAACGGUGUUAAUUUAUGUGCUGUAUAAUUAUGAGGUCUAUAAUUUGUACUACAAACGAACAGGUUCUUAAGAUGUUUCACAUUUUUCGAAUCAAAGAGCCUGCUAAUUCAGUGUAUACAGAUUGACUUGUUUUGUGUCUCUCCUUAAUCUUCUGUCUCCUGAAUGUUAACUGUGAUACUUUUGUUUACUGUUUUGUUUUUUUAUCGAUCAUGUUUUGAAAUCAGCUGAUUAUUGUUUUGUAUAGACAGGGUUGUCCUUCUUGUUUAGAACAUUUGUCAUGGUCUGGGGUUACAUGAUGCAUCUCUUCUUAUUAAUAAAAGAUGCCUUUUUGCUUGUUCCUUAAAUGCAGAAUUAUGAAAAUAUUUUAAUGCAUAUGUAACAUUCCCCUGUGUUUAUUUUGCCCUUUGUAAAUUGAUAUAAUUAUGUAUAUAUGGACUUUGUGAUGUCCAUUGUUCUAGGUGUUUUGUAAAAUAUUGUUUACAUGGGAUAUUGCAUGCUCAUCAGAACCUAUUUUAUUGACCAUGUUUUACACAUAAUAAAUUUUAUGGAAACACUU